CCGGAAGUGAAUAUGUUCUGUGAACUUCACCCUUGACUUCACUCUUGUGAGCCUUUUCUGCUGCUGCUUUAUUAGAAAAAAAGGCUCCAUGAGUGGGACAUUGUGACAGUAAUGCCCUUGGAGGUGAAAUGGCCGUUCCCACAGCGCCCCCACCUGGGCUGGAGGCUGUCAGGUUCUCUGAUCAUGGGUAUGGUGGGAUCCUACAGCCUCUUCUGGACCAAGUACUUAAACUAUAUGACAGUGCACAACCAGGAAGUGUUGCUGGACUUGAUUGAUCGGCGCCCUCCUGACACGCCCCUUAUUACCCUGUCCAAUCACCAGUCCUGCAUGGAUGACCCACACAUCUGGGGAAUUUUGAAAUUGAGGCAUCUCUGGAACUUCAGGAAAAUGAGAUGGACUCCUGCUGCCUCUGAUAUCUGCUUCACCAGUGAGGUCUACUCCCAGUUCUUCAGCAGGGGGAAGUGUGUGCCUGUGUGCCGAGGUGACGGUGUGUAUCAGAAAGGCAUGGAUUUCAUCCUGGAGAAGUUAAACAAAGGAGAUUGGGUUCACAUAUUCCCAGAGGGGAAGGUAAAUAUGACGCAAGAGUUCAUCAGGCUAAAAUGGGGAGUCGGGCGACUGAUAGCGGACUGUUCACUUCGCCCUGUAAUCCUUCCUCUGUGGCACGUAGGGAUGAACGAUGUUCUUCCAAAUACAGCCCCUUACAUCCCAAGGGCUGGACAGAAAAUAACGGUUUUGGUGGGGAAGCCUUUUACUGUUACACACCUGCUGGAAACAUUAAAGUCUGAGAACAAAAACCAAGUGUGUUCGUUGACGCGCCUGUCUGUACCUGUGUCCAGGUGGAGGUGAGGAAGGCUGUGACGGACUUCAUCCAGGGGGAGUUCCGCAGCUUGAAGUCCCAGGCGGAGGCCCUUCAUCAGCGGAUGCAGAAGGCCGGGCGAUAGCCAGGCCCCAGGCCGGGCCUGUGUACCCGCGGCUCACAGUUCACACACAGCACAGGCUGACGACUGUUCACCGCUACCUUCUGUGGAAAGGCUGAUGGCCUCUGGGACCACGCUGCAGAAAUCUGAGCUCCUCGGGCCCUGGGGGGCGCUAUGAGCGUGGCUCCGCCCUCCGGGAGCUGCCGGAGCCAAGAGGGCAAGGAUGACCACUUCCUGCUCUCUGCGGUUUCACAGGAACAGGAAAUAGCCUUCAGGCUGACCUUUCCCUUUUCCAUGCAGACAGGAACAGGAAAUAGCCUCCAGGCUGACAUUUCCCCUUUCCAGGCCCUCAGGAACAGGAAAUAGCCUUCAGGCUGUCCUUCCCCUUUCCGUGCCCACAGGAACAGGAAAUAGCCUCCAGACUGACCUUUUUUUUACACCCCCCCAGGAACAGGAAAUAGCCUCCAGGUUGACCUUUCGCCUUUACAAACCCACAAGAGAAGCUCAUCUUUGUUGCCAUAAUUCUUUGAAAUAUCAAACCAUGGUAUCUUUGAAUUAAAUUUUUUGAACAUGAAAAAUGUUCACUUUUUUAAAUUCACAGCUGUUUGGUCAGUUUCAUUUCACUGUAAGUGUAUUCAUUGGUUCCGGAUGUGUCCUCAUUGAUAGUGGACCGUAUGGAUGACACACUGAUCUCUAUGUACUGUGCGGAACUGUAGGUGCUGCUUGUCUGCUGAUUGGAUUUUUUCUGAUCUUUUCAUUGGUGCAGAAAAAAGAAUGGCGUGUUGCCUUUUGCCAAGUCACAGAGACCUUUCUAGGAUUAUAGCAAUUGGAAAAGACAGUUUUUGUUCCGGUAUCCGAGCAACGGACAGAAUGGCUAGCUGUGCGGCGCAGUGUUUAAGCUGAGGUGCUGUUCUCUGUUCGAAGGCCAGUUCCGCUGUGAGAGGAGGGGCUGCCGUUCGCUGGGGACGAGUCAGCGAGGGGAUCGCGCCAGCUAGCGGGGAGCGCAGCGUGUCAGUGCGAGCGUAGCAUGGCUUGGCUGCAGUACUGUCUUCAGUUGAAGGCUGGAGAGUGAUCUAUUCAUUAGAGUUCUAUAUUGGUGUGAGAAGUGCUUUUGUACUCGGGGUGCUACCCUGGUGUUAGGAGUAAUUUACACUACCAGUCAGAAGUUUUAGAACACCCACAAUUUUGAAAUAAUCAGAGAUAAAAGAAAUAAACAUCUUUUGUUUAAAAGAAUUUAAGUAAAAUAUCUUACAUUCAUCAAAAUAGCCACCUUUUGCAGUUAUAACUGCUGAGCAUAUUAAUGGCAUUUUUUCCACACGGCAGUCAUAUUCACAGAAGACAGACUAUUCAGUUCUCAUCUUGUGCCAUUUGAGGUUAUUUACAGAAGUUAAACUGCUUGAACUUCACUAAAAUAGUCUAUGAAUACACAAGCAAAGUGUACUAAAACUUUACUGGUGGUGUAGUACUUGGAGCACUAUACUGGGAGUAUACUAUACAUGGUAUACAAUACCUAGUAGACCAUUUCCCUGGUAUACUAUGUGCCAGGGAAAUGGUGACACAUUGCCCUCUCUUGGUCAUGCGUAUUUAAAUUGUGUUUUCAACAUGCAUUUCAGUGCCAAAAAAUACAACAUUUUGUGCAAAUGCUGCUCAACUCAGGGCAUGUCUGGUUCAUGAAGAUAACUGCUCGCAGUAAGCCUGCAUCUUGAAGACAACCUGUAACCUGGCAGUAAUGUGGCUCAGUCUAUUUAAAAGCCAUGCAGUGCUUCAUUCUUGUCAGUGUUCAUGGCAGCUGUCAUAGCUGCAAGAGUCAGAUGUCGCUAACGUGCUAGGCCUGCAGAAACCAUCUAAACCAUAACCAUUACAAUCAUUCCUGCCUAGUACUUUCUUCGGUUUCUUCAGCUUUCAUUAUGGAGCAAAUGCUGUUCUGUAACAAUGAAUUAUGUUCAGAGAGACGUACUGUAAACCAACUCAAGAGCAUGCGUUUGAGCAUUUGCACGAGCAUGUGCGUAUGCAGAAGAACACGUGCACGAGUGUGUGCAUGUGCUCAAGAGCGUGUGCAUCUGCUCAGGAGCAUGUGCCUGAGCGUGUGCACGUGCCCAAGAGCAUGUUUAUGAGUUUACGCAUGUGCAUGAGCAUAUGCGUGUGCUCAAGAGCAUGUGCAUGUGCCCAAGAGCAUGUACAUGAGCAUGUGCGCGUGCAGCAGAGUGUACUGAUUGUGUUUAUUGGCGAUCUGUAAGGUCUAGCAUGCAUACGUACACACACACUGUCCAUGGGAGAACUGUAACUUCUGUACGUGAGAGAAAGUAACUGUUGUGUGGGAUAAGUGGGUGGAGCGUUUGCUGUGCCUGUACAGUCCUGGACCUGAUUGGAUGAAUGACUGGUUCCUUUUAGAAGCCGUUUGUCUUAUCAGUACAUGCCCACCAAGACAGGAAUGUGGUGUCAACUUUUGGGCGGCAUGUGAUGCAAGAUCCAGUUAUGCCAGACUACAACAACUACAGAGGAGGACUGGACAGUCUUAAUAGCCUAACAGGAACAUGCAGUUAUAAGAGGAUGACUGUUUGCUGGCCUUUGGUCAUCCUUCACAAUAUCACUGAUGUGUCUGCAUACAAUGCAUUUGUGAUCUGGACUCAGAUUGACCCAGCAUGGAACAGUGGGAAACUUCACAGGAUGAGCAUAUUCUUUAAGAAGUUGGGGGCAGCUCUUGUGACCGCCCCCCCCCCCCCCCCCCAAGG